UCCCCACCCUCGCAGCCGGCGAUCGCCGGAGAUGUCAUGGCUCGCCCGCUCCAUAGCCACCUCCCUCAACAUCCCGGACGAUUCAUGCGCCGACGAUGACCCCGACGCCGCUGCCCCCCACGUUGCCGCUGCCGCUGCCUCCUCCCCCUCCCCGCGCACCCCGCCGCCGCCCCACCAGCCUCAUUCGGCGGCGGCGGAGGGCGUGAAGGAGGACCUCACCGAGCUGUCCAAGACCCUGACCCGCCAACUCUGGGGCGUCGCCAACUUCCUCGCGCCCCCGCCCGGGGAGGCCUCCCCCUCGCCCUCGCCCUCGCCCUCCCCGAGCCAAUCCACCGCCCCGCCUGAGAUUGCCGGGAUCCGGACCGACUUCUCCGAGAUCAGCGGGAGGUUCAGGACCGGGAUCUCGCGGAUCUCCAGCCACAAGGCCGUGUCCGGCUUCUCCACCAUCGCCUCCAAUUUCUUCGCCCCCGAAGACGAGGACGAAUCGCUGGAACCGCCCAGCAACAACGAGGGGGAGCACGAUGUCAGAUUAAACAGGGCGGAGCACGAGGCGAGGCACACCGACGUGGCCAGACAUGAGUGGGAGGAGAAGGUGCGGCUUGGGGCGGGAGACGACGAGGCGAGGCAUGAGUGGGAGCCUAGGGUCAGACAUCACCAUCAGGUGGAUGCCGGCGAGGCAUGGCAUGGGGAUGGCCCCGAGCUGGAUGAUGCGGGGGUAAGGCAGGAGGAGGAGGAGGUGGAGGAGGAGUGGGAUGUGGUUGGUAUCACCGACGAGGUGCUCACGUUCGCCACCAACAUUGCCAGGCACCCCGAGACCUGGCUUGACUUCCCGCUGCUCCCUGACGAUGAGGAGUCUGAUGGCCCGUUCUCAUAUUUUGAUAUGUCUGAUACUCAGCAAGAGCAUGCCAUGGCUAUUGAGGACCUCGCUCCCACAUUAGCUGCUUUGCGGAUUGAACUAUGCCCAAUCCAUAUGACCAAAGAAUGCUUUUGGAAAAUUUAUUUUGUUCUUCUACAUCCUAGACUGAACAAGCAUGAUGCUGAACUUUUGUCCACACCACAGAUUGUGGAAGCUAGAGCAAUGCUUAUGCAACACCAGUCAAAGCAUGAAACAGAGCAGUUACGGCGUCAUAAAGACGAUUUUGGAUUGCAUUCAGAAGAUGACGCCUCUAAAGACGUCACAGAGGCGUUCUCAUCCAUGCGACAUCAUGCAGCUCCUGUCAUCCCCAUAACAGAUCUAGAGGUUGAAAAGCAUGCUAUCCAGGUAACUGAAGUUGCAGUAGUGGACAAAUCAGUCAUAAAGGAGGAGCUGACCGAGGAAGAUACCAAGGCCUCAAAUGUUUUGCAAGAAGCAUUUGAUGAUGAUGAUACAGAUGAUUGGUUUGACGAGGAGGCAGCUCUUGCUGGGCACACUAGCAUUCUCAUGGGCGACGAGGAAGACGUGUCAUUCAGUGAUUUGGAGGAGGAUGAUGAUAUGAAAUGAUCCAAAUUCCAGGCCAACUUCAACCUGAGAACUGGAAGUGCUUGAAAUUGUUUGCUUGUCAAUACUAGAAUGGAAGUUGUACAAUGAAAAGGGAAUGGAAAAUGUACAAUGAAAAGGGGGCGGCUUUAUUUUGUUCUUUAAGCUGCCCUGUUGGAUCCAAUGAUCAUAUAGCGGGGCUGUGGGGGUGUCAGUACGGGUUGUAAUUUUAUUGGUAAUCUUGUGUACAUAAGCAUUCGUUAUAUGUUGUUUACCAGUCAAGGUAAUGCAAGUUUCAUUCA